GAAUCCCAAGAAAGUGAAGAGGAGAGUCUUGGAGACGAAAGCAGCUCACAGGAAAGAUUUGGGAUGGUGAAAAGGGAGAAUAGCUCAAGAUGCAGAGCUUCAUCUUCAUAUAGUCAAGACCCAUAUGUGAAAGUAACUCUUACACCGAGAGCUCUUAAAACCUCUAAACUGAUGCUCCCGCUGGAUUUCACACGGGUGAAUGGCAUCAACAAGCCAGGGAAGAUGAUUCUGUUAGAUAAAGAUGGAGUGAAGAAACAGGUGGUGGAUCUUUUGGAGCACAACAGAAACACCGGAAUAAUGCGAAUUGGAAAAGGGUGGAAAGAGUUCUGUGAGGCUCAUGGUGUAAAGGUAGGAGAGUCCUUUCUGUUGGAACUCAUUCGGGCGAAAGAAGAAGUCAUUCCGGUGCUUAAGUUUUGCACCAAACUUUGAGACUCUUGUUGUGUCCAGAGAAGAUGAUUCAUUCAUGUGGUGUUCCACUACAAUAUAUUUUUCUUACUAUCUGUCAAGUUUAGUUGCAGCAGCUUUUUGACUGCAUAUUAUUUUCUUGUUGCUUCUGGCUAGA